GGUGUAACGUCGAACAAUAUGGCGAAUGCUCAACCGGUCCAUAUGGCAAUGGGCGGUGGACCACCACCGCCUGGCGUACAGGGAGUCGGUGUGGCCGCCACGGCUACUACGCUACAGAACGGUGGUACAGUAAUCGUGAAGAUGAAUGGCGAAGACAACGACGAGCUCUCGGUCGUGGUUGCCACUGGCAACCAUCACCUAAACCUUGAUCACAAUCAAUCGUAAGCGUCGUAUCCCCCACCGGUUGAUUGAAUAUUUAGCAUCUUCUAGUGCUUAUCACGUAUUUAAGUGCGCAUAUUUUACAGUGACUAUCAGGCUACUGUGCUACCGACCAUUGGCCAAUGGUGCAUUUGUAGCACUCAUUUCCAUCUGUUCUCGCAACGAUUUUAGUUCCCUUUCCUUACGACUCUUGCUCGAUCAGUCGAACAAUUAUGUUAGGAGAUGUUUAAGCAGUAUUUUAACACUUGGCUUGUUGGCAAAACCGGCAAGGAAAACGAUCGCUGAGAAGGAUCUAUAAAUUGUGAGCUAUGUUGGAACAGUCGCGCCUAUUUCUAGUCGAACACAUGGCGGCGCUAGAGUCUGGUUUGGUUUGGUGCAAAACGUGUCCUUUGCAGCAAUCAUAAAAGCAAGCUUCCAUUUUGCCGAUGUUCCAAUAGUAUUAAUUUAAUAAUUUCCCUCCAACAGAGAGUGAGUGAGUAAGUGGUUCUCUGCUUCGCUUCCAGCUCACGAGGAAAAUGUCAUCUCUAGAUAAUCAUAUUGAUUACGAUUACGAAAGCCACAUUUUUGACUUUGCUGAGUCCACGGCAUCUGUCUGUUGGACGUUAACAUUCGGAAACAUUUACAUCUAUAUUAUUGAACAAAACACUGAAAACAUCCCAUAGUUUUACGACACGUGCUUUUGGGCAAUAUUUUACAAUCGCUACUCAGUCGAGAUACUUUCCCUGUAAUUAGUCCUGUGUGUCCUUUUCUAUUGCUGUGUUAUGGGUUUCAUCUGUAAAUAAGUCUCACAAAGCAUUCGUAUUCUUUAAAACAAAACAACCAUUACGAUACUAACUGUCUAGCAGAAAGAGCAUUCGAUCGGUGAGGCAUUCGGUGCUGAUCAGAUCAUUUAGGUUACCUGUAACUAUUAGCUUCGUUUAGUGCUUAGUUAGUUUUCCAGAGUGUACCGUAAGUCUCAAACGAAUGUGUAACGAACGCUAAGAGCAAGAACAACGAUUCAACCGAAUGAAUUUUGCUAUUGCUUACGUCCCAUACUCCGCAGGCGCCGAGAUGAAAAGCAAAACCGAAGCUAACCGUCCCUCUAGCAUCAUUCGCGUAGGGCCAUGAUCUCAAACAUAAGGGUCAAUAAUUGUUCACGACAAAAUCCGUUCCUGUUUUUCCUACUUCUUUCCUCACCCAAUCGAUUGGACGAACUAAAACGAACUUUGUUAACCACAUACGCGACGAGAGGAACUGGAGUGGCAAAACUGCACGAUGAGAUGAGAUAAAGACUGGUUUUCUAAGUUUCUUAUUAUCAAACCGUAUACCGUUGGCUCUAGGAGUGAAUCAAGGAAGAACAUAGUGAAACACAAUAGUCAGACAGCACCAUACCCCGAAACAGUUGGACCAGGGGCUUUUCCAAAACAAUUCCGAACAACAGCAUUUUAGGACGGGGUAUGACGUAUAUCUGCCACGCGCGUAUCUACAAAGAUUCACAUUUUACAAGCAAGACGAACCAUGGAGUCUAUAACAUUCGUUCUACAUCCAGAAUACAAUGCAUUUACUGUUUAGCAUAGUGAAUAUAAAUAGCAAUCACGAAGGAUACGGUCAAGCACACAUCCGUGCCAAAACGAAACUCGGAGCUCGGUGUUCACCGGACACCCCUCGAAGUAAAGUAGAAUAUUUAAAUCAAAUAGAUAAUGAUAAACCACAACCACUUUGAACGAGCAGCAUCACUACUGAACCCUGCGGGUAGGAGGCGAACUUUUCCAUGUUUUCUCUGCCAUCACCCAUAAUUACGAUUAGCGUGGCCGUCACCAGCACAGCCGUGAAUCAUACAGUUGAUAGAAAUGGUAUCGAAAGGGCAGGAAUUGAAGAGCCGAAAGAACCAAGAGCGAAGCGACAUACUAAGAGUAGCUAACGCGCAAGGUCCUUAUCCUGCCGCGACGUUUGACGUUAGACGCGAAAUAUUCUGGAAACGCGUGUUUCACCCUCCUUUGUUCCUGUGACUCCCAGUCCUCUUAGCACGAUGCUUGAUAAGGUCGGAUUCUUAGUAACCGGUAUUUAAGUAAAGAUUACAAUUGAACACUGAAACACAUUUAGUAGUUUAGAGCUAACGUACGGCGGCUAAUGAAGAAGAUUGCCAGAGUGGCAAAGGGAAACAUAUUUUUCUUUUGUUCUGCACUCUCUCUCUCUCUUUCGCCAUUUUCCUUACGAACGGCAAAUAGUUCAAUCAGCACGAUUCUCAAUUGGUUCUUAGGUUUAACUAAAGCGUGACCGUAGUAAACCCCGCCUAUGCAUGUACACCGCAAUUCAGCAAUUUAAAGUUCCUUGCCAACAACCGACACCACUAGAACACGCGAUUGGCUCUUGCGACAAGCAACAAUGAGCGUCGUCGCCACAGUAUAGCGGUGAAGGCCGGCAUCCUUCAUCAUUCCCGGGUUUACGCUCCGAAACAGUAUUAUAAGUGACGAUUGGUUUGGUGACGGCUAGACGGCUGGAUAGUGCCAGCAUAGCAAGCAGAGUGUAGGUAGCGCACCAGGAGCCUCGCUCACCAGAGGUGCCAAGUAGCCAUUGAAUUCGAUCCGUAAAACCGUAGAUUCGCACCAUCACCACUUUCACCCCGCCGGUAGUGACACCGGUGCGUGCUCGGAAAAGCAUGACGAGGUACAUGAUUAGUGAAAUUCAUUCGGAACAAUUAGGAAAAUUUACCUACGAACAGAAAACACAUUCGCGCGAUUCCCGUUCCUUCCCAUAUAUUAAGCAGGCGUAGGAAUGCCGGAGAAAGAACGAUCCGGUUUGUAUGUAAACCGCCCCGCACACCACAAACCGGUGGUGUUUCACUCGUUGCCGUACUACAACAGAAAAAUUAAGAACAAAUUAAAACCAAAUUUAAAAGAUAGACUAUAAGUUAACAAUCUAUGAAAUCUAGCGAGAGAUAAUAGCGAGUAAGUAGAGGGGAGAAUGGCAACGAAUAGAGCUGUAGCAGGCGCACCGUAUUGCUCGCCGAUCAGCAGCAGCACACUUCGAUUCGUCAUGCAGCCAUAUGUGUCACAUGCAGCGGCAAAAUGGAGAGAGAUUAGGGUUAGCAUGUUGAAAUACUCAAAUGCAGAUGCAAGAUGGAACAAGAAAACACGGAUUGGUAAAUAGAUACUGCAUUUCUACUUUGAAAUACGUAGCUGUAGAAAGAAAACUUUAAAUAAUCCCCUCAAAACUGCUGCUGCUGCUACUGUACGUGUGUAAAUGGUGAAGUGAGGCGAGCACGGUUGGAGAGAUUUUUUAAUGGAUAAAAGAACAGAAUGGAUAGACACGACCCAAGAACUGAACCGCUAUGGAGCCGGAUAAGAAAUAAGGUAUAAAGGAAACAAGAGGUACAGUGUGGUUGCAGCAGCAGCAAGCCGUGCUCUUCAAUCGCAGAGAACAAGCAAGGAACCGAACGUACGGACGUUGUCACAAAGGAGUCACGCCGUAAGCACAAAGAAGACGUCUGCGCUAAGACCACGUAGCGAGAGGAAGCCAGCGUUCCUGCAAUUAGGAAGAAAUGAAUAAAUACUUGUAAUAUUUUAUGUGAAAAUUCAAACAAAACCGAUAAUACAAACCACAGCCCAUGGGUUACCGUGAU